UAUCAUGGCGGACUUUGUUAACGUAUUUUGUGUGCAGCUGGUUAUUUGGUUGUUGCAUGUGUAUGACACCUUAGGUUUGUUGUGUUCCUGUAAUGAAUGUACAAACACAAACACAUGUAAUACAACAGGGGUCUGCUAUGCACUCAUGACGCGGAGAAAACAGGGCAAGAAACUUAUCUAUAAUUGCCAUCAUAAGCCAGUGCCCAAAGAUCGACCGUUUUUCUGUGAGAACAGUAAUGUACGAAAGUAUGACUGGAACAUAUCUUGUUGCUCGGACUCUGCAUUUUGCAACAAAAAACUCCACCCUGUUCUUGAACCAUACAAACCAGAUCCUUCAAGAAGUGGAUCUGAAGGAAUGGACCUAACUAAUACCGUAGUCAUCACAAUAUGUGUUGGAGUGAUCCUUCUGUUGCUGCUUAUUGCAUUCAUCUACUUCUGCCAACGCCGGUCACAGAUCUACUUGCCUGCUAACUCCACAGUUGACCGCUUCCAGGCCAUGCAAUGUGGCAGUCUGAGAAGUCUUAUUGAAGACUGGUCCCCUUCUGGUUCCGGUUCAGGUCUUCCUCUCCUUGUUCAGCGAACCAUAGCAAGACAGAUACGGCUCAUAGAGAUUAUUGGAAAAGGCCGUUAUGGUGAAGUGUGGCGGGGACAGUGGCGGGGUGAGUCGGUGGCGGUGAAGAUCUUCUCCUCACGAGAUGAACGUUCGUGGUUUCGUGAGGCUGAAAUUUACCAAACAGUGAUGCUUCGUCAUGAGAACAUUCUUGGUUUUGUUGGAGCUGAUAAUAAGGAUGAUGGUACCUGGACUCAAUUGUGGUUGGUUACUGAUUAUCACGAAAAUGGUUCACUUUAUGAUUUUUUAAACAAGAAUGUUAUUACAAAACAAGAUUUGAUCAAAAUAGCCCUUUCAAUUGCUUGUGGUUUGGCUCAUUUGCAUAUGCAGAUAUUAGGGGUACAAGGUAAACCUGCCAUUGCCCAUCGAGAUUUAAAAAGUAAGAAUAUUUUAGUAAAAAGAAAUAUAACCUGUUGUAUUGCUGACUUAGGUUUGGCUGUGCGACAUGAUUCAGAGACCGACAAGAUUGAUAUACCCCACAACACACGGGUUGGAACCAAGCGUUACAUGGCACCAGAAGCGCUGGAUGAAACGAUAAAUGUUAACCAGUUUGAUUCAUUUAAACGAGCUGAUGUUUAUUCCUAUGGUUUGGUUUUGUGGGAAACUGCAAGACGCUGCAAUGGGUUUAAUUAUUAUUCAUCAUAUGAAGAAUAUGAGCUGCCAUUCUAUGACAUGGUGCCAUCGGACCCAACCCUUGAGGACAUGAGGAAAGUGGUUUGUGUUGAACGACUCCGCCCUACCAUACCUAACAGAUGGCACACAAACGAGACUGCCAGUCACAUGGCUCGACUGAUGAAAGAAUGCUGGUACCACAGUGCUGCUGCUCGCCUUACAGCUCUACGCAUCAAGAAGACAUUGACGAAUAUGGCUCUAAGGGAGGACUUCAAGAUUUAAGGGCUGUUCGGAUGUUUUUUUAGGGGUAUUAUUUCUGUUUUACUUUUACCAUGUAUCAUCAAUGGAGAGUAAGCAGCUAGCAUCACAUCAUACACCGAUUUGCUGCUCCCCCUUCCUCACUGAAUUGGUGUGCAGUUGGUUCCUGCUCUGCUGGAUGCUUGCUGGCUCUGUACAACAACAACAACAACAAAAAAAAACAACUACAAACAAGAAGGAAAUGGAAAAAAAAAUAAUGGCAUUUGCCAAAAAAAUGGUUGGAAGAAAUAUGUAAACUCCUAUUCUACCCACUCCUAGAUAUUCUGUGUCUGAAACAAAAACUGUGAGAUGGUCAUAGCUGGAAUGCCUUUGGCUUUAACAUAAUUAACAGGCCUGCUGAUCUGGCCCAAUGUGAGGCUAAAAAACUCUUUUUUUCAACCAGCUCAAUUUUUCAGAGUUGCUCACCAUAAUAGCAAACAGCAACCAAGUAGUUAACGAAAGCCAUCUUCAACAUCUACUUCUUCAACAAUAUGUAACAACAACAACAACAAGAACAGCAGCAACAAUUGUAUCAGCAGAAAGAGCAACAAUGUGCUCACACACACUCACACACACACACACACACACACACCAAGCAGCAAGGGGUGAAAAAACUGUCUUGCCCAAACAAACCAAGGAAUUUUAAACCAAGUUAAAGCCAGAUGGUUGUAUUGAAGAAAAAGAAAAAAAAAAUUGAUUAAGCCAUUUAAAUGGGUCUUUGUACCAUUUUGGGUUGAUAAACUCCUUGCCACAAAUUGACCCAUUGUGGAUGUUUUUAGUCUUUACAACAUUUCAAAAGAAAAAAAAAAACAAAGAAAGAGAAAGAAUUUCUAACCUUUCUGUCAAAUCACACUCAGAAAUCCGCCCUCACCAUUUUCUUAAAAGAUUUGGCUGCAA